AUGGACAGUGAUACCAUAUCCAUACUGGACAACGAAUCCAUCAUUCUAAACACCCCACCAACUUCGGGUGACAAUUUGUAUCCGUGGGUUCUUGAAAAUCUCAAGCUUAUGAAAAGGCUGUUGAAACUACUUUUGGAAAACGAUAACUUGAAGGAUGACGGAAGUUUGGAGUGUUUGAAGGCUGACAUCCUUAUUCAUAAGAUCAAGACUAAACCUGAGUACAUGAAAUGGGCUGAGAAAAUACUUAAUUUGGAUUGCGAAAAGCAAGCCCGGAAUUUGCUAUGCAUGGAUGAGUUGGACCUGGACGAUGAGCUGGACCUGGACGAUGAGCUGGACCUGGACGAUAUUGUGAUAUAUUUAUAA